AGCAAACUCCGCAGCCAGAGCCAGAGCGGAGAGGACCGAGCAGCAUUGCAAUAGGCUUUCCCCAGCUCUACCCUACUCCCACCCACCCCGUGCAAUCCAAACCCCACCGUUUGCAUUCGAUUCUCCCCUCUGCAAUUGAGGUCUGGUUGCAUUGCUGUUGGAUUUUGGCGUUUCCCCCCCAACCCACCAGCUCUCCGCAAUCUCGGCUGCGCCAUGUCCGCCGAUGUGGAAACGCUGCCUGUUGCUGCCGCCGAGGAAGAGGGGCAGAAGAGCCCGGCCAAGAAGGCGGGCUCCAAGAAGAAGAAGUCUGGGAAGGGCAAAAACCAGCAGGGGAGGUACAGCGCCCUGUUGGUGGAGAUCGUGCAGAGGCUGGGAGCCCGCAAUGGUUCCUCGCUGGCCACCAUUUACAAAGAAGCCAAGACUGUGCCCUGGUUCAAUGAGCACCAGGGUCGCACUUACCUGCGCUAUGCCCUGCGCGCCCUGGUCCUGAAUGGGACCCUCAACCAGGUGAAGGGCCGAGGGGCCAACGGCUCCUUCAAGGUCACCAAGAAAAGCGAUGCUGGGCAGGCGGCCAAGAAGAAGAAAGCUCCAAUCUCAGCCGGCAGCAGCGGCAGCAGCGUGAAGAAAUCUCACAAGAAAGGCGCCUCCAAGAAUGGAGACAGCAGCAAGAAGAGCCGCCCGGGUUCCUCCAGCAAAGACAGGAGCAAGAGCAAGAAAGGCAAAGCAACUAAAAAAUCCAAGUCCAAGAAAGCUUAGAAACCGCUGUUUCUGUUUUGCAAAAACGGAAAAAAAAGGGGGAGUUUUUUUUAAAAAUGCAACUGACUUUUUAUAUUAACGUGUACCCCCCUCCCCCCAGUCGUUGUAUUACCUCAUUUUGAGGGUAAUUUUUUUGUGUAGUUUGUAGCCCCAUCAUGAGUCUGUCGAGAAGGCGGGAAGAUGUUCCUGGACAAUAAAACAAGUUGCUGGAAAAGCUCAGCGGGUCUGGGCAGCUCCACGGAUGAGCUGAGCUGAGCUUCUCCAGCAUCGUCUGUUUUAUUUCUGAUUUGCAGCGUAAGCCUUUUGGUUUUUAUUUAAGAUUUUCCUCGACAUUGUUUUGGUUGAUGCUGGGUUUUUUUUCCAAAGUUUAACUGACAUUUCCGCUGAAUUGUAGCGCCUGUAGUUUGUUUUUUUUUGGAACAGUUUGUUUUGUUAUCAUUGGCUCAGCUUGCAACUGGUUGGGUUCAAAAGAAUCAUGAGACUCAGAACUUUGGGGUGAUGUCGAACUGUUUUAUGAUUUCCUGUGGAUUGGAAUUUGUUCUUUGUCAUGUUUUAUUUGGAGGGGGGCGAGUGUAGGUUGAGAAAUGCGAACAAAUUUGGAAAGGAUAGCAAUUUGUUUAGUUCAAGUAUACUUUUAUUUUUCUCCAUUUUUAAAAAAAAUCGCAAUUCGAAUAAUUGGUUCGUACAUCGAGUUUUCAUUGAUAUUCUCAUUUUUGUUUUUUUUUGUUCUGAUGCAGUUUCGGUUGAAGCUCCUUUUUCAAUUCAUUUUUUAAAAUCUUGGAGGGGGAGCUCACUGAUUUGCUGAUGCCCUGGCAACUUGCCGUGGUGACGCUCAACCAAUCACAGGUCGCCGAAACGAAUUGUUUCAUUUUGGCGGGAGCGUGGCUUGCGUGAUGAUUGGUUACUUCUGAAACCCGGAAGUCCUCCGAACUGCAGAAUUAUACUUUGAUUAUUUUUUUUGUUCAAGCAUCCUUUUGGUUUAACCGAAAGCCAAUUUGCAAAUGGUGGGGUAAAGCGAGUCUGUAUUUGAGAUAUUGAAAACGAAAGGACCAAAGUUGAGAAUUAUGUUUGCUUUUCCAACCUCUGGAUUUGUUUGUUUCAAAAUUGUUGUGGAAAAUGAGUCAGUAUUUGUUGUUUGAAGGGUGCUGCCUCCCGUUUGCAGAAUGUGAGGUGGGUGUUUUCACCCCUGGCCCGGCUUGGCUCUGUUGGGUCUGCAAAGUGUGUGUGUGUGUGUGUGUCAUGCAUUGCAAGACUCGUCAUGUGCCUUCUCUUAUUUCGGGUUCAGAUCAAUUUGACAGUAAUGUGGGAUACCGCCGACCCCCCCCUUGCCCAUCCCAGGGAAAGCGGCGUUCCUGCUGGUUUCAGAUUGUUGAUGUUUCCUUUAUCGAGAGGUUGCUAUAAACAUGUGAAAACUGUGGAGAUGUUUAAUGGCUGUACUUCUGUAAACAUAACGGUGUAGUCUACAAGCAAAAAUGAAUAAAUGUUUUUAAAAAGUCA